UACAAGGAUUGUCAAGGGGCUGGGGAGCGUACGUACCGAGAGAGAAACGAGUUGAUCAUCAUUGGGUUGGUUUUGUGCGUCUUGAUAUUUUGACGUGUGUUACACCUAGACACUGCAUCUCCGUUUGUUCACAAUUAACCAAGUGACCGGACACUUGGUUUCAACGAGUCUCUAAAACAUCAGAUCGACGGAAUCUCAUUAGAAAUCCUCGUGUAUUUCCCGCCGUGUGUACAGCCCAAGUUACAAUAUCCACACAAGCUGGGCGAGGUCACGGCUGUGUUGGAUAUUAUUAUUUCGCAGUUUUCACCUGUUUUCUCCAUAGUUGAAUGUAAAAAGUGGUGAUCGACAGUGACGGUUUAUUCUUGCCAUCUUUUGCUCACUUGCCUUCCAUUUGUGGAUGGUAGACACGGAUACUUGUCACAAUCCCCGAGCAACACCAACAACAGCCUCCUUGGCUGGAAUGGGGAAGCAAAUCCAGCUCUAAUGCUAAUACCAGGCACUCAAACGAGUAUACUUUCCAGCCGACGGUAACCAAGGAAACGCCAACGUCAUGCCUCAGUACACAUUGGGAGCCGAUCCGACGGGAACGUACGGACAUACGACGUAUUCCAGCAGCAAUGGCGUACUGGCCGGUCACGUGGAUGCACCGACAUCGUCUCCCGGCAUUCCAGCUAACGCAACUUUAGUCUCACGCACUAAACAGCAGCUCACCACCCAGCAAGUAACGACGGUGACGCAGCUAGUCCGCGAAGUGCAGCACAUUGGCCCAGACGGCCAACCAGUUCUGGUCGAUCCUUACAAUCCAUACGGCGAAUAUACGGGCCAGCCACACUCUACGGGCACUUACGGACGUAACGGAUCAUCGUCUUCAUCCAUUGGCGUUGCCGGCAUUCCAGUUGCCGGGCAGCCACAACGUUUUGCUAACUACGAACACAUCGCCGAGGGAGCCGAUUACCGCACACACAGUCCGGCCGGCUACGGACGGACGGCCAACUACGCCGAUUACGAACCAUAUCCCCAUUUAGCCGGCCCUCGUGGAGGUGGUAGCGUAGUUGUCGGUCCACCACCUGACUACGCUUACCAGACGGCACAGCCGCCUGGACUUUAUCGUGACUAUCCUGACAUGGAUCCAGGCAAUGCGGGCGCACUGGCCAGUGGUGUACCUAUUUACGGCGAUCGGCCACCCACGCCACCAUCUCCCAGCGAGCAGUCUGAAUCGCCAUUGCCACAUCAUUCACGAGAUUAUUCCAGACAAGGCUUACCUUAUCCGCCGUCAGGAUACGCAGAAAUGGACAACGCUGUUCCACCAGAUCGUUACGCAGCUCAUUCACCCUACGGUCGAGCCGCUUACGCCAAUGUCAACGGUUUGGAUCCGGGCUCAGCUGCCGGCCCCGGCACGGGAUCCGGUUACCGUUUACAUCAAGACGAUCAGGACGAUCAACAAAUGCAAUAUCAACAACAACAAGACUUUGGCAUGAGUUCGGCUGGUCAUAGUCCGACGAGGAGGCUGGCUCCUCCUCCGCCAUCCCGAUCGAGUGGUGUUGAGGGUACCUAUCAACCUCGCCCACCGCCACCCGUUCCGGCAGAAGCCAUGGCCAGUCUCAAUAUCGGGCUCGAUAAAAGUGGUGUGAGAUGGCGUGAUCCGGACUUGCAUGAAGUGAUUGCCUUCCUCAACAAUCCUAAUGCCGUGGUGAAGGCCAAUGCAGCUGCAUAUUUACAACAUCUCUGCUACAACAGCGAUCCUGUCAAGCAACAGACUAGGCUCCUGGGUGGAAUUCCUCUACUCGUCGGCCUCAUCUCCUCCGAACAACCCGACGUCCACCGUAACGCUUGCGGGGCGCUCAGAAACUUGUCUUACGGGCGGCAAAAUGACGAGAAUAAGAGGGCAUUGCAUAAAGCCGGCGGAAUUCCCGCUUUGGUGCGGUUGCUAACACGAAGACCCGAUUCCGACGUCCAAGAACUUGUGACGGGCGUCUUGUGGAAUCUUUCUUCGUGCGAGGAGCUGAAGCGAAUCAUUCUAGACGAGGCACUAUCCGUUUUGGUGGCCCAAGUAAUCAUCCCCCACUCUGGAUGGGACCGCAAAAAGCCGGGUCCCACCCAUUGGACGGCGCUGUUGCGGAACGGGUCCGGCAUCCUACGGAAUGUCAGCUCUGCGGGAAUCGAGGCCCGUCAGGCACUCCGACUCAAGGAUGGGGUAGUGGAGGCUCUGUUGUACCUAGUUCGAGGAGCCAUCGACCAGAACCACAUGGACAACAAGAGUGUGGAGAAUGUCAUUUGCGUUCUGCGCAACCUUUCCUAUCGAUGCGAAGAGGUGGUUAAUCCCAACUAUGACAAGCAGCCGCCGAAUGCGGGAGGUGCAGCGGGAGGCAGCGGAGGACAAACCAGGGCCACAGCUCAACACUCUGGUGAGAACCAAGGCUGCUUCGGAGCUAGCCGGAAGAAGAAAGACGGUAGCGGGGCAAGUGGGGCGUUGUUGCCAUCUCCUUCAUCACCCUCGACAAAUAGCGGCGCCAAUGCAACCGCCAACAGCGGCUCCAGCGGGAACUUGCCUCAAAGAUCUGAUCCGCCGAAAGGCAUGGAACUGUUGUGGCAACCAGAUAUCGUGCAGCCAUACCUGGCUCUGCUUUCCAAUUGCUCCAAUCCAGAGACGUUAGAAGCUGCGGCUGGUGCCAUUCAAAAUCUGGCCGCCUGUUACUGGCAACCGUCGAUCGACAUCCGCGCUGCCGUCCGCAAAGAGAAAGGACUGCCCGUUUUAGUGGAGCUGCUGCGAAUGGAAGUCGAUCGAGUCGUGUGCGCCGUGGCCACAGCCCUGCGAAAUUUGGCACUUGAUCAGCGCAACAAGGAGCUUAUAGGUAAAUACGCCAUGCGAGAUUUAGUUCAAAAGCUACCUUCUUCGACGCCUCCACCUGCCAACACCAAAAACCAGCAAGGGAUUCAGCAGCAACACGAUUUGGGCGGUGCCUCAGACGAAACCAUUGCCGCUGUUCUGGCCACUCUCAACGAAGUCAUAAAAAAGAACGCCGAAUUUGCCCGCUCGUUAUUGGACGAAAGUGGUGUCGACCGAUUGGUAUCCAUCACGCGGCAGAAGCAGCGCUACUCUUCGCGGGUUGUCAAAUUUGCUUCUCAAGUAUUGGCAGCCUUGUGGACACAUCAGGAGCUGCGCGAUGCCUACAAGAAAUCGGGAUGGAAGGAGUCGGACUUUGUGAGCCGGAACAGCAGCACUGUGUCUGGUAGCGGAAGCAACAGUGGUGGAGCAGGAGGAGGGAUGUCGGGCGGAGGCGGCGCUUCGUCUCCUAGUCAUUCGGCCGCCAACUCAACGUUGAAUAGGCCGAUGUCCAGUCAGGGAGGCACACGUUAUGAGGACAAAACCCUAUCGCUUCAGCGAUCCAACAAUGCUUCCGGUAUCUCCAACCCGAACAACAAUGGACAAGCCAACCGACAACAAUCUUAUCGGGCGGAUGAUGUCCCAUUGGCCGACAUGCAAUACGCAGAAGGAUCAACUCACGCCCCACCCACUGGAGGCGUGCGAAUAUUCCCACCUGGAACCAAACCCGGUGAGCCAGUGUACGCCCAAGUGAAUCGAGACAAAAAAAGGAGUCGACAGUACGAAGGUGGUUCCGGUCAGGAUAUGGGAUUGACCGGAACUUACGACGAGGCACCCUCUCUGUCUCGCCUCAACAUGGACCCUCACGGGCAGGGAGCCGGGGACUCAUGGGUCUGAGCACCUACUCUGCGUAUGUGGAAAUAAAAAAUGGACGAGUAGGCCUCCGGUGUCACUCAUUCGUUUCCCAGUUACACACACAACCAUCCGCUCACGUUUCCUUCGGUUGAAACAGUCGGAAAGUUAAUUCACGCCCCUCUUAUCUCUCUCGCGUGACGAAAAAAAAAAGUAAUCCAUGGAACACAUUUUUUCUCUCUCUCUCUCUCUCUCUUCUAUGGAAAACCAAUCGAGAAGAUACGGCGGCUAAUAAUAAUUAUUAUUGAUUGAAAUAAUUUUAUUUGUUUUUUUCCCUCUUCACUUUUUGUCGGCCCUCCAUAUUUUCCGCUCGGUCACAUGCAGAUACCAUAUAGACAUUUCUUUCUUUUUGUAGGUACAAGUUAUUUGUUCCAGCCCUCUUCUAUUUUAAGGUCAGAUAUUGUGCCUUUUUUCGACCCCAGCUCCAUUCCGCUCUUUCUUCUGUGGCAGGUUUCUUUUCUUUUUUUUUUAGUUGUUUCGGAUGUAAAGGUAUCUCUCAGUUCGGAUUCGUUCUUUCGUCUCCACACGAUUAUUAUAUCCCUCUUCCCUUUUUAUACAUAACAUUUUCGAUUGAACAAACCAAAUCAGACAAAAACAAACAAACGAGAAAUAAUUGAUUGGAACGAUUUUGGUGUACCGCCUGCUUUCACAUAGAUCAGAGGCGCUUCAGUUUUUUUUGUAUAAAAAAGAAGUAAACACUUAAAUCCCUUACUCAAAUUGAAAAAAAAAGGAGAAUUGAAAUGGCGAAAAAGUUGCGAUAAUUAUUUACCGUCUUCAUAAAAAACAAGUAAAUAUUAGAAACUACUACUAUGUGUUACCUCGCUUCCUCUUUCCACAGCUUUUCUGUGCACGACAUUCCACGAAAACACAAAAAGACACGUUCACCAACGCCAGCAGUCACUUGUACUUCUCUUCUACAUUGUUAAAAUUGGUCAACAACAAAAAUGUUUCUCUUAUUCCCAAAUGUCGGCAGGAUUCAAUCUCCCUUCCGUCAUUCUUCGUUCGUGAGACUGUUGUGUCUUUUUCUUUUUCCUUGUUUGAGCGCAUAGGAAGAAAGAAAAUGAUUUAUUGUCAUCAUUGCGCUUCCUAUCUUAUCAUCCUGUGUUUCAUCAAUUAUUUGUUUUUUUUUGUUUUUUUUUUGGUGUCGUGUUCAGAAAAAAAAACAUACCAAUGUGCAGGCCAAUACAUAGUUAAUGGUGUA